UUAAUUCAGGGGCAGCACAGCGCACAUUCCUGCUCAUCUCCUGUAUGCAUGUGUGUGUCUUUCUCGGGGUGAGAUCUCACUGCUGCUUGCCUAAGUUGGCACAUCUUCAUCCUCAAAUGAGGCAAGGAACAACUCGAGUCACCUUUACUGGAAAUCAUUUUGCUGGAAGUCCUGAAACUGCAGUUCUUGAAGUUAAAAGGAGGUUCGGUGCUUCAGCCGGAGAAGUGUGGCCCUUCCUUCCAGACCCUCUCCGACGCACCCUCCUAGCAUCACUCAGGCAAGAUGCGGCAGCUCAAAGGCAAGCCCAAGAAGGAAACGUCCAAGGACAAGAAGGAGCGGAAGCAGGCCAUGCAGGAGGCCCGGCAGCAGAUCACCACGGUGGUGCUGCCCACGCUGGCCGUGGUCGUGCUCCUGAUCGUGGUGUUCGUGUACGUGGCCACGCGCCCCGCCAUCACCGAAUGAGCGCUGGGGGUGGACUUCCCCAGCAGGCAGCAGAGGCCCGGGACGGGGAAGGCAAAAGAAAGAUGGCCUUCGUGUUCAGAGAUUUCCCUAAUGCUGAGCUCUGAGCAAGAGCACCCUGUCUUCUCUGGUCUUUGACUUGAUUAAAGUUUCUCCAAUUUCCCUGGGA